AUGGCCUCUCCCGCGCUGCAAGGCCCAGCAGCUUCUUUUCUGGCAUCCAUCGCUAGCAGCCGCCGCGCGUGUGGACACGCGUUCAGGUCAGCCGCCUUCAGAUCCCGCAGUGGCAGCCACCCGGCGGCGCGACCCUCCAACGGUGGAAGCAGAGGCGGCGGCUGCUCCGCCAUGUUUGCCGGCCUGAAGAAGGCUCUUGGCCAGGCGGGCACCGCAGCGGCAGUGCCCAAGCCCAGCCUGCGGGCAGUCCCCUUCCUGGACACGGCUCCCUCGUGGGAGGAGCUGCAGGCGAUGGUGGAGGCCAAGCAGGAGGCGCUGAAUGCGGUGCCGGCUGACCUGGAGACGGGCCCCGCCAGCGCCUACGCCCUGCGCCGCACGUUUGGUCAGCCCGGCGAGCCGCGGGUCAAGCUGUACCGAGACCACGCUGCCUGGUGCCCCUACUGCCACAAGAUCGUGCUGCAGCUGGAGGAGAAACAAAUCCCCUACCUCAUUGAAAAGAUCAACAUGAGGUGCUACGGAGACAAGCCACCCGAGUUUUUGCGCAAGGUGCCCUCAGGCCUGCUGCCGGUGCUGGAGAUUGACGGCCAGGUCAUCACGGAGUCUGCUGUGAUCCAGCAGGUGCUGGAGCAGAUCCAGCCCGACCCGCCCAUGCUGCCUCCCGAGGGUUCCGCCGAGCGCCAGCGCGCCGCACAGCUCAUGCGACUCGAGCGCCGCCUCUUCUCCGACUGGCUGCAGUGGCUGUGCAACGGCUGGGGCCACGAGAGCAACCGCGACCAGUUCUGCCGCACCAUGGAUGCGAUAGACAAGGAGCUGCGGGAGGCUCCCGGGCCCUACUUCCUGUCAGAGUUUGGGCUGGUGGACAUCACCUUUGCACCCUUCCUGGAAAGGAUCGUGUCGUCCCUUCUCUAUUACAAGGGCUUUGUGGUGCGGGGAGAGGGGCGGUGGGAGGCUGUGGAGCGCUGGUUUGAUGCCAUGGAGAGCCGGCCCGCGUACCUGGGCUUCAAGUCCUGCCACUACACACACGUGCACGACCUGCCGCCGCAGCUGGGGGGCUGCGUGUCGGUGCCCGAGGCCGCUGCCUACGCCGCCGCCAUCAACGGCACCGACGGCAGGAGCUGGCACCUGCCGCUGCCGCCGCUCACCAGCACCUCGCUGCCCACGGCGCACGCCCCGGGGGAGGAGCCUGAGGUGGACCGGCUGCAGGCGGCGGCGCGGCUGGUCCAGAACCGCGAGGCGGUGACCAAGUUUGCGCUGAGGGGCGUGGGCCAGCGCGGCGCGCGCCCCGUGUCGGCCCGCCUCUGCGACCCCACCGCCGUCCCUGGGCUGGAGUUCAUGCCUGAGGUGGACGCAGCGCUGCGGCACGUGGCGCAUGCGCUGCUGGUGGGGGUGGAGGCCAAGCAGGCGGGUAGCGCGGCGCUGGGAGCGGCGGGCGCAUCUGAAGGCGCUUUGGACGGAAGCCCUGUGGUCCCCAGCCUGAGCUAUCUGCGGGACAGAGCCGAGAGGCUGCGCAACAGGUCCUGUUGCGACCUGUUGGCGAUGGAGUUCGUGGAGGAGGGCAACACGGUGAAGCAGUUCUCGCCGUGCAAGACCUCUAGUACCAACGCGUGGGGCCAGGCGCGAGGGCCGCGCCGGCUCUUUGGCGACGGCGGCGCGCCCGCCGGCUCGCCCACCGCCGUCGCAGACCAGCCCGCCUACGCCACCGCCAGCCAGCCCAGCUCUGCCACCAGCAGCCUGGCGGCGGCACUGGCGGACCUGCAGGUGUCCAGCCGGCAGUCGAGCGCUGGCGACCUGGGAGACCGCUCCCGCAUCCUGGCCUUUGCGGCGGCCAAGGCCUCGGCUGCGCCUGCCGCGCACUCGCGCUCCUCCUCUGGGGACGAGCUCCCGGGGCUGGCGCAGGAGGAGGGCCUGUGCGCCACGGUGCUGAUCGGCGCGGUGCGCUGCUUCGACAGCAUGGUGCUCAAGACGCUGACGCCCAUCAAAACCCGCAGCCGCGCCAGCUCUCACGACGGCGCCGCCGCCUCGCCGCCCGUGGCAUACGUGGAGACGCUGGUGUCGCCCUUUGGGGGCAACCUGAAGCCCAAGGGGCCCAUGGGCAGGCCCGUGGUGUACCACUCCCGCGGCAGCAGCGGCAUGGGCGCCCCGGGCGCGUACAAUCCGUAUGACCUCACCGCCGCCGCACUCUCCUCAGAGUUCCGCUCACCCGCCAAGUCGAUGUACUCGCCCUACCCCUCCUCCUCCCGUACCGCCUCCGCCAGCGCCACCCCCAACCAGUGGGGGUCUGGAAGCUACCGGGGCUCCGCGUACCGCGCAGCCGCGCAGCAGCAGGCGAUGGCGCAGGAGGAGGAGCCUGACUACUAUGUCAGCGUGCCAGGCGUGCGGCGCCAGCAGUCGCUGUCCAGCAGCGCCAAGGCCAGCCAGGCGGCGGCGGCGGCGGCGCAGCAGGGCGAGGCGCAGGCCGCCGCCUCUGGCGCCGCGUCCCCCACGCCCCUGCAGCGCCAGCCCAGCACCAGCGCCGCGCUGCUGCGCGGCGGCAGCGGCGGCGGCGCGGGCCUGCUGCGCCAGGCCAGCAGCGGCACCGCCAGCCUCGGCAGCGGCACCGCGGUGCACGGCUUCAAGGGCCUGUUCCGGAGCGUGAUCGCCCGGGGCCCCAGCCAGUAGACCGCCAGGCAGGCUCCCC